GAACAGGGGGUCCACCAGGAACAGUCGGUCCACCAGGCACAAGUGGUCCACCAGGAACGGUUGGUCCCCCAGGAACAAAUGGUCCGCCCGGAUCAGGAGGUCCUCCUGGUACCGAAGGCCCACCUGGUACGGUAGGUCCACCUGGUACCAUAGGUCCACCAGGAACAAGUGGGCCAUAUACUGGAGGUCCACCUGGGACAUCGGGUCCACCAGGAACCAUUGGAACAGGCGGUCCACCUGGAACAGGAAAUUCGGUUCAGGGCACAAAGGGAGAGUCUGGACCACCCGGAACGGUUGGACCAACGGGACUACCCGGGACUGAAGGACAAAAAGGAAUACAGGGAGAAUUUGGAAGCAAGGGAAUGCCCGGCGCAAAGGGAAUGAAGGGUGCAGCAGGGUCAGUUCAUGCAAUGCAAGUGGCUAUGCAUCAAGUCAAUAUCGAAGGUUUCUGUGGUCAGGAGUAUAACCGCUACAUACGAAGGUUCAAGACAUAUCACCUGAUACAAGGCUUACCAUGCGAGGAGUACGUCGUCUGCUACCUUGGUUCCGGUGUCACGAAAAGAUGCCCUGCUGGACUAAGGCUUGAUACUAACACCGCUACAUGUACCCUUCUUUGUGACGAAAAAACUUUAGAGCAUGCAGUGAUAGGAGCUCUCAUCAUUACUGGCUUCGUGUUCCUGUGUGGCGCCCUGGUUAUUUUCCGGUCUAAACAAAGACUUAACAGAUACUUACCGCAGAAACAAGUUGAAGAUGUGGCUCUAUUCUAAAUAUAUCAAGAACUAACUUCAAAAUCAUUAUUAAUGAUUUAUUUCAAUUUGAACUCUGAGAUGUAUCUCAUAUUUAUUCAUCGUUGACUAAUAGAACAAUAAUAACGUCAUUUCGAAGGGCAAUAUUGUGAAAUAUUGGACCGAGG